UUCCGGAAUAUCCAACAUGUAAUGCCCGCAUCCUCAAUUCUGCAGCUCCAUCAUCUCCAGCUCCGUUUUUUUUGUAUUAAUCAGCCAAUCAGAAUGUCAACCAAUCAGGAGGAGUGCCAUCCAGAGCAAAAAAGUGAUGCGGAGUGAGGCAGCCGUGGAGCAGACUGUAUUGACUCAGUUCAACUGCUGCAGUGAAAGGAUACACAUCACGUUAUUUGAUAGUGGUUUGCCUUAUGCUAGGAUUGUGAACUUCUGUCGGUAUCAGGUGGCCCCAGUGAAUGACAAACUGGAGACAAUGCAGUUGGGCAGAAUUUAUUGAGGAGUGACGUGUCAGAAGUGUUCUCUUAUUAUUCGGAUUCUACUACACUGGAUACAAUGAGAACUUGCUUACUGAUAGUAGUCUGGGCAUGCUUGUCACAACUUGGUGAUGCAAAAGCCUUAUUUAAAAGGACUACAGAUGUGGUUGUCAAGGAAGGGAUGGUGGUGGGGCGAGGAGAUGAUGUGUGGGCACUAAAGCGUUCCAAACGAGGCUGGAUGUGGAAUCAAUUUUUUCUGCUUGAAGAAUACACUGGGUCUGAUUAUCAGUAUGUUGGAAAGCUGCACUCUGACCAAGACAAAGGAGAUGGAACCCUGAAGUAUGUCCUUUCUGGAGACGGGGCCGGUUCUUUGUUUCUUAUUGAUGAGAAUUCAGGUGAUAUUCAUGCUACAAAGCGACUGGAUAGAGAAGAAAAGGCUUACUACACUCUCCGUGCUCAAGCAGUAAACAAGAGGACAGGCAGACCUGUGGAGCCAGAAUCACAGUUUGUCAUUAAAAUCCAUGACAUUAAUGACAAUGAACCAAAGUUUACAAAAGACACUUAUAUUGCCAGCGUCCCAGAAAUGUCUGAUGUUGGUACCCCGGUUGUCCAAGUCACUGCGACUGAUGAUGAUGACGCUACCUAUGGGAACAGUGCUAGAGUGGUCUACAGCAUUCUCCAAGGACAGCCAUACUUCUCUGUUGAGCCUGACACAGGGAUCAUUAGGACAGCCCUGGCAAACAUGAACAGAGAAAACAAGGAAAAAUAUCAAGUGGUCAUCCAGGCCAAGGACAUGGCAGGGCAGAUAGGUGGAUUAUCAGGGACUGCGACAGUGAACAUCACCCUCACUGAUGUGAACGACAAUCCUCCCAGAUUUCCUCAGGGUACAUAUCAGUUCAGUACACCCGAGUCAACAGAGGUUGGAUCACCAGUUGGCAGGAUCAAAGCUAAUGAUGCUGAUGUUGGUGAAAAUGCAGAAGUUAAAUACAAUAUCAUUGGUGGGGAUGGAGUGGACAUGUUCGAUAUCAUGACAGACAAGGACAUACAAGAAGGGGUCAUCACUGUGAAAAGGCCUUUGGACUAUGAGAGAAAGAAAAUAUAUACCAUUAAAGUGCAGGCAGAGAACACACAUCUGGACCCUCGAUUUCUUUUACUUGGCCCCUUUAAAGAUACAGCUACUGUGAAAAUCACUGUGGAAGAUGUUGAUGAGCCCCCAGUUUUUGAAAGGGCGAGUUACAUCAUGGAGGUGAAGGAGGACGCCAGUAUCGGCACUUUGAUAGGUUCUGUUAUUGCAGCAGACCCCGAUGCCACCAAAAGCCUUGUCAGGUAUUCCAUUGAUCGACUUACGGACCUGGACAGAAUGUUUAACAUCCACUCUGGAAAUGGUUCAAUCAUCACUUUUAAACCCCUCGACAGGGAAUCAUUUCCGUGGCAUAACAUCACAGUCACUGCAACGGAGAUCAGCAACCCUAAACAAGUGGGCCGUGUUCCAGUGUACAUCAGAAUUUUGGAUAUUAAUGACAACGCCCCAGAGUUUGCCACUUUCUAUGAGACAUUUGUCUGUGAAAAUGCAAAAGCUGGACAGCGGAUACAGACAGUAAGUGCAGUGGAUAAUGACGAUCCUAUUGGUGGACACAAGUUUUUCUUCAGUUUGCCAGCUGAAGCAUCUGUCAAUGCAAACUUUACAGUCCGAGAUAACAAAGACAACACAGCUGGAAUCCUAACUAGGCAAAGUGGUUUUAGCCGACUGGAAAGGAGCACCUACCUUGUGCCUGUGGUAAUAUCAGACGGGGGCUAUCCCAUGCAAAGCAGUACCAGCACACUAACUAUCCGUGUGUGCACCUGCGACAGGGAGGGGAAUAUGCAGUCUUGUAAUGCAGAACCUCUCAUCCUUCCUGCUGGUCUCAGCACUGGAGCCCUUAUUGCCAUUCUCCUCUGUAUAAUUAUUCUUCUCAUUAUAGUGGUGCUGUUUGCAGCCCUAAGGAGGCAGAAGAAGAAGGAGCCUCUGAUCAUUUCCAAAGAGGACAUCAGAGACAACAUUGUCAGCUACAACGAUGAAGGAGGUGGAGAAGAGGACACGCAGGCCUUUGAUAUUGGAACACUAAGGAAUCCAGAAGCAAUAGAUGAUAACAAGCUACGCAGGGAUAUUAUACCAGAAACGCUGUUUCCAUCACGACGGACAGCACCCACCAGGGAUAACGCAGAUGUCAGAGACUUCAUUAACCAAAGGCUACAAGAAAAUGACACAGAUCCAACCGCCCCCCCUUAUGACUCUCUAGCAACAUAUGCUUAUGAAGGCAAUGGGUCCAUAGCAGAGUCCCUCAGCUCUCUGGAAUCUGCCACCACAGAAGGGGACCAGGACUAUAAUUACCUUAGUGAAUGGGGACCUCGCUUUAAGAAACUGGCAGAUAUGUAUGGGGGAGAAGACAGUGACAAAGAUUCUUAACCAACACUCUUGUUAAAUGAUUGCAAGAAACUGUACUGGCACAUAACGUGGCCCAUUUAAAAAAAAAAAAAAAGGAAAAUAAUGUAGCCACUCUUCUACAAAGUGCCAUUUUAUUCUAAUAAUCCCGUUCUUGCUAAUUGAUUGUGACUGAGCAGUAAAUUGGUGAUGACUUUAUCUUGUAUAGGUUUGAUCAGCAGAUGAGUGUUCCAGACUAUGGAAUUUCAAGGAUGGACUUCUCUCCAGGUUGCUGUAUAAACUUCAAUGCGGACUUUUAAAUUAUGGACAGUUUCUACUUAAUAUGCUUACUUAGAAAUGUGGAAGAAUGGGCAGGCAUUGGCAUUAUCUGAUAAACAUUCACCUCAUUCAAAGUUGCAUUUAUUGGAAUACAUUUGCAUUUUGCAAUGUUUAUCGUUAACUCCCUUGCAAUGUACCUUCUGGACAGCAUAUUGUAUUUUGAGUUUUUAUUUUAAGGAUCUUCUAUAUACUAAUACAAAUAUGCUCCUCGCUGUACAGCACGAGAGCCUGAGUAUGAUGGUGCAGUUCACAUAAAGCACUCGUACCAGUAAUCUAAAAGGUAGCUUCACAUGACCUUGGUUUAACAUAAAGGUUGAUUAAAAUGUAAGGGCAUUUCAACAAGCUGCAUUUAUGACAGGGCAUUGGAAUUUAGUGUGUACCACAAUGGGAAGCAAAUAUUAGGGACACACAUGAUUAGGGAUGUAACGGUUAUGAUAUUCCAAAAGCACCGGAAGCGACAUUUUCAUAAAAUUCCAAACCGAAGUUGUUGAGUCCAUUGCGUCUGUUAAAUUACCCUGUGUAGACCAAUUAAUCCAAAACUUAAACCAAAUAAAAAAUGAAAUAAUGUUGCUAAACAGACUAAAACAGCCAAAUGUAAAAGUAUUGAAAAGAAAAUAAAAUGUUAUUUGAAGUCCUCAACUAUUGAGAAAAUGGAACAAGCAGUAAAGCAGGCAAAGCUGCAAAACAAGCGAAAGGGAUGCUGCAGAUAUGGACCAACUUGAGACUACCUGGUUCCAUAAUUAAAAAAAUAAGCACCUGGAUUCACAUGGGUCUGAUUACUUUGUUGCUACAUUCUAUCACAUACUGAUGAAUUUAAAGUGUAAGAGCCUUGGAGUCAUAUGCAUUAUAGUAACAGGAUGUAAUAAACCAGCAUACUGAUGAAAUUGGCAUUUGAUUUUGGGGGGGGGGCUGGCUUUAGUUCUAGGUUUUUGCUGACAUAAGUCUAGGUGACAUUUUAAAUUAGAAUUGUUUUCUCAUCAGAAACUAUUUUAAAAUGUCACUAAACAUCUCAGUUGCUUUGAAGCCAACGUGUUGAUUAAAUCAUUUUAAUUAAAAAAAAAAAAAAAAA